UGCUUUGGUCUCUCGCUUAUACGAUGCCCAUGGCCCAAAAGCUAGUCACUGCUUUGGUCACAGGGCUCUUCUUUCUUCUCCUCCUCAUCACAUUCACUCUUGGUCACGAGGCAUUAGAGCAAAAGCUUGAUUCAGGAAGAUCACUUCCUCUUGUCUUCACCGGUGAAAAAGGGAGAACAUACAAAUGCAUACGAACAUCAAUAAACUUCAGGAUCCAGGGACAUAUUAUGACUCUGACUAAAGUAGGAGAAGCCCACACUAUGCAGGAGGUGUACGAGUCCCUAGAUGUUCAUGAUCUGGGUCGAUCUGUUACUGUCUUCGUUACCUUGCAUGCUCAUCAAUCCACCAAAGACUUUUUCAUCGCGGCAUCCUCUGAUCAUUUCAUAAAGCCCGUUCUUACCGCCACUGCAAUUCUUCACCUUAGCUCCAAAAUCCCUCCUUCCCAGCCAUUACCUAUCGUCCAAAAGUGUCAUAUUCACUGGUCCAUAACACGAGCCAGGACAAUCAGAUUGAAUUUGAUAGCAAAUGCAGCAAGGCCUGAUCCUCAAGGCUCACCUCAUUACGGGACAAUACCAAUUGUCAGGAUACUUUUUCUGGAAAAUACAGCCGCUGAGACAGAGCCUUUCACUGCUAAGACAGAGCCCCGUAGCCACGUUGUUCAUGUCCUUCGUCGUAACCGCAGGCUGCUUGGCAAACUACCAGAUGUUAAUGUCUAUUCUCCACCGUCAACCUCAAAUGAGAAGAGCUGGAAUUUGGAUAAAGUCGACCCGCCGAGCCCUCCUGCGCCAAGUGGCAACCCACCCAUCCAUGAAUAAGGUUUAUUUUGUACUAGUUAUAUUUCAUGCAUGCUCAUGGUGGUUUUGUUCAAAUUAAUACUGAUGCCGCUUUUUCUUCCCAGCUUGGUGUGGCCAUUAGCAAUACUGGUUUCAAAGCUUUGUACUGGCACUGGUGGGUCAUGGAGAAUAAGAGCAUUAUCCCCACUAAUUGAGGAAUCGAGUGAAUUGUUGAGAGCUAUGCAGUUUGCUGUUUGGUUUAGGUUUGGAUUUCGGUAUUUUUGAGUCUGAUUAUCGAGUUUUAAGUAACUUUGUCAUGAAUGUAAUAGUCCCCUGCUAUGGGAUGCUGGUCUAAUUCCUCAUCUUAGGAGAAUCCAGUGCAUAUGCAGGAAGAUUUCGUUUUUGUUUUGUGCUCUGUUCUAGUAAUGGUGUUGCGAAUUUGGUAGCCUACGCUGCUGUUGGCGGUUUCCCUGUGUGCUUGGAUCCCACAGUGUGUGCUUGGAUCCCACAGACCAUCAGAUGGUUUUGUCUUUGCUUUGUGGGCUAUGGUUCUGUCCAUGGUCCAGCUGUUUGAAUAAAUGAAGUUUGUUUAA